AUGGUGGCGUGUUACCCUGGGAACGGGCAGGGGUAUGGCGACAGGCAGUACCUGACCUGCAUCUAUUACCUCAACCGGGGCUGGGACAGCCAGGUAUGUGGGGGGGUGCCCUGCAUCUACCCCGAGGGGCGUCCCGUGGUGGCCAAUAUCAAGCCCCUCUUUGACCGGCUGCUGAUUUUCUGGUCGGACCGACUCAACCCCCACGAGGUGAAGCCGGCCUAUGCCACUAGGUAUGCCAUCACCCUCUGGUAUUUCGACGCCAAGGAGCGUGCGGAAGCCAAAGGCAAAUACCAUCUGGGGGAGAAGGGGAUGCAGGUGCCCAUAUCCCAGGUGAGUGGCACCAGCUGACGGCCUGCUGGAUGCCGGAGUCCAGACGGAUGCGGAGACAGCCGGGGGGCCUGGCCCUGAGCUACUUUGUGCUGCAAGUCGCCUGUGUUUGGUUUGCCCAUUUCAUGCCCCCUGCUGCUGCCCCCCGCCAUGGCUCCUGACGCUGCCAGCAGUCUGGGGAGCUGCCCGGGGAGCCCCCCAACACGCUGUCCCCCAGGCUGAGCAUCGGAGGGGGGACAUUGCACUAGGGGGGACGCCGGGGCCCCUGGGCAGGGCUGGGGGGGGUGUCGGGACGGCCGGCAGAUCAGGGACACUGGGGCUGUCUGGGGUUCUA